GGCGCCGGGUGGGGGCGACGCAGGGCGGGGGGGCCGCGGGAGCCGCUCCCUCCUCGCCCAGCCCGGCCCGGCGGCAGCGGCAGGAGGAGGAGGAGGGCGCAAAGCGCAGACAUGGCGGCCAACAUGUACCGAGUGGGAGAUUAUGUUUAUUUUGAAAAUUCCUCCAGCAAUCCGUAUCUCAUUAGGCGAAUUGAAGAGCUUAACAAGACUGCUAAUGGAAACGUGGAAGCAAAAGUGGUAUGUUUUUACAGGCGAAGAGAUAUUUCCAACAGCCUCAUAAUGCUUGCAGAUAAACAUGCUAAAGAAGUUGAAGAAGAGUCUGAAACUACAAUUGAGGUUGACUUGACGGAUAAACAGAAACAUCAGUUGAAGCACAGAGAGCUCUUUCUUUCUCGCCAGUAUGAGUCUCUUCCUGCAACUCACAUCAGGGGAAAAUGCAGUGUUGCACUUCUGAAUGAGACAGAAUCUGUGUUGUCGUAUCUGGAGAAAGAGGAUACUUUUUUUUAUUCAUUGGUGUAUGAUCCAUCACUGAAAACGCUUUUAGCAGACAAGGGAGAAAUCAGAGUGGGGCCUAGAUAUCAAGCAGAUGUGCCUGACAUGCUUGCAGAAGGAGAAUUAGAUGACAGAGAACAGGCAAAGCUGGAAGUAAAAGUAUGGGAUCCAGAUAGCCCCCUUACUGACCGUCAGAUUGACCAGUUUUUAGUUGUAGCACGUGCGGUUGGCACGUUUGCUCGAGCACUGGACUGCAGUAGUUCUGUCAGACAACCUAGUUUACACAUGAGUGCAGCUGCUGCUUCCCGAGACAUCACACUGUUUCAUGCAAUGGAUACGUUGCAUAAGCACAACUAUGAUUUGAGCAGUGCCAUCAGUGUUCUAGUGCCACUUGGAGGGCCUGUCUUGUGUAGAGAUGAAAUGGAGGAAUGGUCAGCAUCAGAAGCUAGUUUAUUUGAAGAGGCAUUGGAAAAGUACGGGAAGGACUUCAAUGACAUUCGACAAGACUUUCUCCCAUGGAAGUCGCUGACUAGUAUCAUUGAAUAUUAUUACAUGUGGAAAACUACUGACAGAUAUGUGCAGCAGAAACGUCUGAAAGCGGCUGAAGCAGAAAGUAAAUUGAAACAAGUAUACAUCCCCACCUACAAUAAACCAAAUCCCAAUCAAAUAUCCAGCAAUAAUGGGAAACCUGCUGCAGUCAAUGGAGCAAUGGGAGCCUCUUACCAGACACAGGCCUCAGUAAUAGGUCGGGCUUGUGAAAGUUGCUAUACUCCACAGUCUCACCAAUGGUAUUCUUGGGGUCCUCCAAAUAUGCAGUGUAGAUUGUGUGCAUCUUGCUGGAUUUAUUGGAAGAAAUAUGGUGGCCUGAAAAUGCCCACACAGACAGAUGAAGAUAAACUGUCUUCCAGUCAACCUACAGAGGAAUCACAUGUUAGAACUCAUAUGUCCCGGCAGGCCACACAGGGAACUCCAGUUCGUAACACUGGAAGUCCAAAGUCAGCAGUGAAAACACGCCAAGCCUUCUUUCUUCACACAACGUGUUGGACAAAACUUGCCCGUCAGGUCUGCAAAAAUACUCUCCGGCUGCGGCAGGCAGCAAGACGUCCCUUUGUCCCUAUUAACUGUGCUGCCAUUAAGGCAGAAUAUGCAGAUCGACAUUGUGAAAUUGCUGGAAAUCCUCUGAAGAUCAAAAGCACCAGAAAGCCACUGUCAUGUAUCAUUGGGUAUUUAGAAAUUCAUCCUGCAGUGAAACCCAAUGUAAUCAGAUCAACAUCAAGCCUUCAAAGUCCAAGUGCAAAACGACUGCUUGCACCCUCCAAUCACUCUUCACUAAGUAUUUUGGGAAAGAGAAACUACAGCCAUCAUAAUGGUCUUGAUGAAUCAUCCAGCCAUACAACAAGAACAAUAAUGCAUGCUGCUCCCCAUGUUCAUAUUACUAACGGUAAGGCCUUGCAAGCCAGUGCAAGUGCCAUUAAGACAAGCACCAUUCCAGUGAUCAAGAGACAGAGGCAAAAUUGGCUUGAUGCUUCAGAUGAUGGUUUCUUUAUAGCUACAGAAGAGACCAGAAAAAUCCGUAAGAGGUUUACCAGGUCGCAGCUGAAAAGAGCUUCCAGAACACCUUGUUCUCCAAUCAUUGCAAAGACAAAGUCUCUCAUGAACAAUAGGCAGGCACGAACAGAGCCAAGAACCAUCAUGCACUGAAGAUAUAACAGCAUCAGCACCAUAAUCAUGUCAAAAUCUUAAUUAU